AAAGACACAACGAGGCGAAUUUUUCUGGUCAGAAAUGGUGAACCCGCUGACUUUGGUGGUCUACGUAACAAUGGCGCAUUCCAGAAUCACAAUAAACUUGCAAAGAUGGACAAAAAUCAGGCAAUAGUGACCGUUACACGAUGUGGUGGUUCUGAAAGUUAUGUAGAUGAUCCACCAUUAACGCAGAUUGGACGUGGUAGUGCUGAGCUUGUUGGUCGUUCAUUGUCUGAAAGAAACUUUCACAUUCAUACUAUUUACACCUCACCCUCACUUAGAUGUUUACAGACAGCUAUUGCCAUCAUAUCAACGUUGAAUUAUCGCGAACCACUUAGGUUACGGAUCGAACCCGCACUUUACGAACCACUCAGCUUUGUUGGAAAGGUCCCAAAAUUUCUCAACUUACAAGAUCUUCGAGCAAAUGGGUACAUGUUUGACGAGGAUUACGUACCAGUUAUGUCAGUCAACGAUCUUAAAUCUUCAAUUGAACGAGAACUAAGGCCUAGUGAUAUACAAAUGAGGGUGAAAAAAGUGGUAAAUAGGAUUUUAUCUGGACGAAAGCAAGAAGGUGGUAUCUUGAUCAUAUCUCAUGCACCAAUGCUCGAUGCCUUAUAUAGGAUAAUGAUGAAUCGAACUGAUAUGCCACGAACGAUGGGUGACAUGCAACGUUUGAUACAUUACUAUCCACGUUGUUCGAUGACCAUUUUGCAAUAUGAUCCGUUAACAAAAAUAUGGGAAAAUCGACAAGAUAUUAUUUCACCAUUAACGUAUUGGCAUGCCAAUUGCAUAGUUAAUAUACCAAAUUUUAAUUAAAUUCAUUUUUCAUCGUUUUUUUUUCUAGAC